AUGGACAAUAAGGAAGCAAAAGGUUAGUGAUACACAUCAUAUCACUUGCUGCAAAUUCAUCACAUUUUUGAUAGAUCUCAUUUUCACGAGUCCUGAUUGGUUGACUAAACUUUGGCGUUUUUCUUUCAGAUAAGCUCAAUUAUAAGCUGGAGUUUGAUGUUACCCCCGGAGAAUUGCAAACCGCUUUGUAAGUCUCUCGGCUACUCUCACGUCAAGAACCAGAAGCAGUAUUUACUUAUCUCACUAUGCCGAAAGCUGUAUUCCUACAACAAAUGAAAAGUGUAUCUUCUCCUAUAGUACUCUUUGAGUCCAGUAACUCGCCUAUUAACUUCCCCUAAAAGGCGAAUAGUCGAGGUGAAUAGAUAACUAAUGUAAUUAAUCAUUCGUUAAAAUAAAUUUGGCGUAUGAUUUUAUUUUAGGAAGGUUUUUGAAGAAUUGAAUCAGAAGUCAAAAGACGACCUUAAAGAAUCCGAAAAACAGCUCGAAAGAGAACUAGAAAGGUAGGAAAAAAGAAGUAAAGGUGAACGAAUGAGAUGAAUUAAGAGAAAUAGAGAGCAAGCUGGUUGAUUUUCUAGUGAAGACAAGAUUCGAAGUGAUUUCGAAACCUGCUAUUUCGUGUUGGAACGACAUGUCGAGUUCGUUUCCCGCAUAGAAACGUUUAUCUUCCUUUAGCGUUUUUUCUGUUUUGAUGUAUUAUCAUCUCUGCCUCUGUUUUUUAGAAUCAAGCGAACAAAUGAUAAGUCUGGAAAAGAGAGAGUGGCAAAUAAGGUAACCUCCGUAUUUAAAACUAAAGGAUAUUAAACUGGUAUUUUCAUUCUGAAAAAGAUAUUUCAAAAUAUUUUCUGAUCAUUAAUCAACAGCAAAUCAUAACAGCGAACAAGGCAUGUGAAGGUCCGGACAUGUUUGGUGGGUGCGGUUCACAGGCAGAGUCAUACCAAACAGGAUUUUACGAGCAACUUAGCACCGUAAAUCGUCAGUACUUCAGACUUGACAGCCGUUCCAUUGCAUCAGGAAUGAACGGUAUUCUGAAAUAA